CGAAACCAACGCAUCGUGGUUGUCAGAACGGCAGACGCCAUUUUUGAGAAGGCCCUUUUGUCGUCCUCCCCUAGCAUUCCUGCUGCUCCUCACGCCGAAGAUAUGGGACUCAAGUCCCGUUGAGCUAACUUUGCUCUUCGAUAUGGCCCUGAUUUGGUGCAACCGCAUGAAUCAAAGCCGAAAAACCGUGGCAUGAACGCGAUCAUGCAAGAUUCCGACGUCCGCAUCCCGGAUUGGCCACCAUCGUAUCUCGGUCGCUGCAUUUUAGCCAACCCAUCAUCUGGAUAUCCAUAAGCGGCUUGUGACUGGACAAAAUAGAAUGCCCGCUUUUGCGCACGGCGAUUGGUCCACCAAAGAGCAAUGUGGGCCAACUUGGCACAGCGCGUCGGCACGGCCGUCGCGCUCUUUGGCGCGACGGUCUCGGGCACGUACCUCACUGUCGAGCUCGCCAUCUCGCACGCAGAAGAGACGGCCGCUGAUGAGCGCAAGCUCUGGGAACGAAACCUGCGCCCGCUUAAGAAGGAAGCCACGGACCGUUUGCCCAGUGUCGCCGAUGCCGACGAGAAAGACCGUCUCAACCAUGUCAUUGCGCACGUCGACGCUGCUGAAAAGCGACUCCAGAAGGCAGAAAUGGACGUUAUCGACAUGAAGAUUAGCUGGAGCGAUACACAAAACAAAGUCGCGGCCUUCUUCAGCUCGAAAUAAUGACAAUAUACACGUUGACGCUCUGGAAUGGUUACGUCCUUGUACCAUUGAUGCUUUUUCAUAGACCAAAUUUGUAUGCAGUACGCUGUGUCAUUUCCAAACUAAGAUCUGAAGCUCUG